AUGUCUUCAGCAAGAGAUUCUGAUCCGACAUUAGGGUACCUGACCCGAAAAGAAACGGAGGUGAAGCUCCCCCGACCUACCCGGGUCAAGAACAAAACCCCCGCCCAGAUUCAAAUCACCGCGGAGCAGAUUCUACGUGAGGCCCGUGAACGACAGGAGGCCGAAAUCCGGCCUCCCAAGCAGAAAAUCACUGACUCUACUGAGCUCGGGGAUUACCGGCUCCGCAAGCGCAAGGAAUUUGAGGACCUAAUACGAAGAGUCAGGUGGAACAAAAGCGUGUGGGUGAAAUAUGCCAAGUGGGAGGAGUCCCAGAAGGAUUUUACUCGCGCUAGGUCGGUAUGGGAGCGUGCUCUUGAGGUGGACUAUCGUGAUCAUACGAUGUGGUUGAAGUAUGCUGACUUUGAGAUGAAGAACAAGUUUGUUAAUCAUGCACGUAAUGUGUGGGAUCGUGCUGUUAUGUUGUUGCCUAGGGUGGAUCAGUUGUGGUACAAGUAUAUUCACAUGGAGGAGAUGCUGGGCAAUGUGGCUGGUGCACGGCAAAUUUUUGAGCGGUGGAUGUCAUGGCAGCCUGAUCAGCAGGGCUGGCUUUCGUAUAUAAAGUUUGAGUUGAGGUACAAUGAGGUCGAGAGGGGAAGAGAGAUUUUUGAACGGUUUGUAGACUGCCAUCCAAAGGUUGGCGCUUGGAUUAGGUUUGCCAAAUUUGAGAUGAAAAAUGGAGAAAUAGCACGUGCAAGGAGUUGUUAUGAGCGUGCAGUGGAAAAGUUGGGGGAUGAUGAGGAGGCAGAGGAUUUAUUUGUGGCGUUUUCUGAGUUUGAGGAGAAAUGUAAGGAAACAGAAAGGGCGCGGUGUAUAUAUAAGUAUGCCUUGGAUCAUAUCCCCAAGGGGAGGGCAGAGGAAUUGUACAAAAAAUUUGUUGCGUUUGAGAAGCAAUAUGGUGACAGGGAAGGAAUUGAGGACGCUAUUGUUGGGAAGAGGAGGUUUCAGUAUGAAGAUGAGGUUAGGAAGAACCCGCUUAAUUAUGAUGCAUGGUUUGAUUACAUUAGGCUAGAAGAGAGUGCCGGAAAUAAAGAAAGGAUUGAGGAUGUUUAUGAAAGGGCCAUUGCAAAUAUUCCUCCUGCUCAAGAGAAGCGAUAUUGGCAGCGGUAUAUAUACUUGUGGAUUAAUUAUGUUUUGUACGAAGAACUUGAUGCACAAGAAGUAGACCGUACCAGAAACAUUUACAACUUGUGUCUCAAGAUCAUUCCUCACGACAAAUUUUCUUUUGCGAAGAUUUGGUUGAUGGCUGCCCAGUUUGAAAUACGUCAGUUAGAUCUUGAUCGAGCACGACUAAUUCUGGGAUCGGCAAUUGGCAAAGCUCCAAAAGAUAAGAUAUUUAAGAAAUACAUUGAGAUAGAGCUGCAACUUGGUAACAUUGAUCGUUGCCGGAAACUGUACCAGAAAUAUUUGGAAUGGUCACCGGAACACUGUUACGCUUGGAGCAAGUUUGCCGAGUUGGAAAGAUCCCUGGCUGAAACUGAGAGAGCUAGAUCUAUUUUUGAACUUGCAAUUGACCAACCUGCAUUAGACAUGCCAGAAUUGUUGUGGAAGGCUUACAUUGACUUUGAGAUAUCAGAGGGUGAAUAUGAAAGAACUAGAGCUCUUUACGAGAGGCUUUUAAACCGCACAAAACACUUGAAGGUUUGGAUUAGUUAUGCCAAAUUUGAAGCAUCUGCUUUGGAAGGCUUCCAGGAUUCAGAUGUGCAAGAAAGUGAUUAUGAACUGAAGAGAAAAUGCCUUCAACGUGCUAGAGAGGUGUUUGAAAGAGCGCUUAGCUAUUUCAGAACUUCUGCACCUGAAUUGAAGGAGGAAAGGGCAAUGCUCUUGGAAGAAUGGUUGAAUAUGGAAAGUAGCUUUGGUGAGCUUGGUGACGUUGAUUUGGUCCGUGUUAAGCUUCCGAAGAAACUCAAAAAGAGGAGGCAUAUCGAAACUGAGGAUGGUCCUGCUGGGUACGAGGAGUACAUCGAUUAUCUUUUCCCUGAAGAAACACAAACGACGAAUCUCAAAAUUUUGGAGGCAGCAUACAAGUGGAAGAAGCAGAAGAUUGUUUCUGACGAGGAUUAG